UAUCAGUGACAGUGAACAGUGCAGUGCCCUGCAGUUAGAAUGAACCCUGUGCAGUGAAAGUUGAGCCGUGUGCAUUCCACCUCCUCUCUUCGGGAAAUCGUUUUGUCUGUUCGGAGCUGCUAUGUUUCUAAUAUUCUUUGUUGGACUAUAUGGAAAUUAAGGUGCUGGCUAAAGCCUUGUACGACUAUCAGAGCAAUGGACCCGGAGAGCUCACCAUGAAAUCCGGCGACAUGGUCGGCCUGCGCUGGAGAGUGGAUGACAAUUGGUAUUAUGGUGACAUUAAAGGGAACAGUGGUUUCGUACCCAGCAUUAUGGUGCAGGUCCUGGGCGAUCAAACGCAGCCUGCGCCUUUGUGCCGCGCCCUGUACGACUUCGACCUGAACAGGCUGGAUCCAGAUGACAGGAAGGAGUGUCUGGCCUUCAUGAAGGGAGACGUCAUCACCUUGUUAAAGCGAGUGGAUGAGAACUGGGCUGAAGGGAAGUUGGGUGACAAGGUCGGAAUCUUCCCCUUACAGUUUACAGAGUUAAACCCGACCGCCUUCAGACUCCUGGCGAACGCGAAGGCGAGCGAUUUGGCAGAAUUUCGUGUGCAGAACGCAAGAGGGAGCAGCAGGAGGGUGAGCCUAGACGGCAACCACAGACGUCUCCCCAGGACGCAGCCGAGCACAGCCAGGCCUCCCGAUGUCAGCGUCCUUAACACUCUGAAUCACGGUCACAUCCAGACCUCAGCAGCUCCUAGUGCUCCUCUCAAGCAGGGCCGGCCCACCGCCGUCUCCAAACAGAGGUCCGGAAGCACUCGGAGAAGCCUAUCUAAGGGUGAAAGAAAGAUGAACGGUGAAGCUCCUCCAACCAUCACCAUGGCUCUCAUCAACCCACAGGCUCCUCCACCGCAAGCAGAGAGCAAACAGCCCCCCAUUCAGCAACUUUCCAUCAGUGUGUGCGCUGCCCUAUACUCAUACACACCCCAUCGAGCUGAGGAGCUGGAGCUGAGCAAAGGCGAAAUGGUAGGGGUUUACGGGAAGUUUAAAGAGGGCUGGUUACGUGGUCUGUCUCUCAGAACCGGUAAAGUGGGCAUCCUGCCUGCCAACUACGUUACACCUGUGCUUCGAACCUCUGCAAUGUUUCUCGAACAGCCUAAGUUUCCUGUUCCCAAUGCAACCAUAGCACCAGCAAAGAGACAUACAGCCCAUAAUCCCCAACCUUUACAGGAAAAAGUAAAGGUUGAAGUCACUGCCCCAGUCAGUGCCAUGCCCCCACAGGGAGCUGUACCAUCUGGCAGUGCUGCAAAAUCUUCUCAGGCAGGAGGAAAGCAAGGCUGGGACUCGGUCAGACGAGCCUUCCAGACUUCACACAGAGGUCCACACUGGCAUAACAGCUACCAUCCCCCAAAUCCAGGUUCAACCCUUCAUCCUCCACCUCAGGAUUUGGGACAGAUCUAUGGCUUUGGCCGCUCUCCUGUCCUUCCCAGGAAGCGAAAUGGCUUGUUUACAAAUCCAAUCAGGUCACAGCAAUGGACUUAUGACGGAACAGCUCCCUCUGCUGGUGCAUACCAGACAAUGGAUCCCAGAUAUCUUGCUCCGAAGGAGACUUCCAUGGUUCCUCAGUCUAUUCUGAUCAAACCAGAUACUCACCGGCACGGAAACACGGAAAAGCCUAUGAAAUCAGUGAGGUUCUUGACUGAAGAUGUUCCUCAACCCACAACACGUUUGUCAUCCGUGUCAUCCGGUGCUCAGGUCAUGGGUAACUCUCAGUCCGGGCCUGCUGCUCUGGAGCACUGGAACCCAUCAGCCAUCAUAGGUCGGGAUGGAAGUACCUCAGUCCUUAAAGACACAAAGACAAUCAUGCAAAGAAAAGGUCCUGGUCAGAAUAACUUUACUUGGGAUUGCCUGCCUUUAAGUACUAAACUGUACACAGUCAACAGCCAGUCAAGUCCCAUCAGACACAAGGUGAAGAUGGGAUAUAACGCAAAGACUGACGCGGAGCUGAACCUGCUGGAGGGAGAAAUGGUUCUGGUCCAAAAGCCUCGGCCAGACGGGAGGGUUUUGGUAAAACAGGAGCUUACUGGCGUGACUGGUCUCUUCCAAAGCAGUAUUCUGGACAUUUUGGACAAAGUUGCCUGAGUGUGGUGUGUUUUUUUUUUUUUUUUUUUUUUCUUCUUGUAUGUUCACAAUGUGCUAUCAAGAACCCCUCAGAACACCCCCAGUGUUGGUUAUGGAACCACGUAGAACAAGUCACCUGUGUAAAAACAAAGCAAUAUACUCUUUAUCUAUUAGAGUGUGUUUCAGUAUAUGGCAUGCCUCAUUAGCCAUAAACACACACCACAGAUCCUCCUCAAUCUAGCUUUUGUGUUAUUUAUCACUUCUGGGACAUCCUACUGCCCUUAUAAAAGUCACACACACACACAUUGGGAUAAAGAUUAUUUUUUUCAUCCUUUGUUAUGGAUAAGGGCUACUAUUUUAGACUCUUGUCCUGAAGGGCCAGAAAACAGCAGAGUGCAAUUUUCUUACACCUGAAAGAACUCAAGUUCAGCCAGUUAAUUACUAAGGCAUGAAUUGGGUGUUUGUUAAAAGGAAAAUGUACAUCUCUAUAAGGUUAUGGUUAUAAAAGGCUUUAGUUAGACACUGCCGAGCUUUCUCUCAGAUCACAUAUUUGAACCUACAGUAUAUUUAAAUGAUAUACUGUGUACUAGUCUGUAAGACUUGUUCUGGGUUGUACAUGUAAGUUUUGCACUUAUUAAAAAAUGCAAUAUGUGAUUUUAAAAGGAGUUGUGCUCAUACAAUUGCUGUCUGUCAUUUGUGGUUGUGUGUGGAAGCCAUUUUGAUUCUAUCCAAUGUCUAUUACAAGCCCUUUUUCUGAUUUAUGGUGCUUGAUUUGGACAUGUGCAGAAAUAAUGGUCAAUGCACAUAUAAUUUAUUAACAUUCAUUUAUUUGUAUUUCUCAGUGUAAAUACACUAUAAUACUUAUUUACACUACACUGUUAAUAAUCUUAUCAGUUCAAAUUGUGUUUGAGGAUGGUGGGUUAAUAUUGUGGGUGGGGUGGAGGGGACAUCCAGUGUUUAUUUAUUUUUUAAUUUUUUCUGCAUACGGUUUGCUUUUUAAUUUUUGCAGCAAAUGUAUUUCUGGUCAUCUCUAACACAUAUGAAACUCCUCAAUCCCAUUGCCAUUUGUCCCAUUGGUUCAUAGACAUUUUUAGACUCUUGUUUUUAAUUUUAUUUCUUAAGAUUUCUUAAGAACUCCAAAACUCUCAGAAGCUGUUGACAAAUCCAGAGUUGCACACACUAAUACACUUCCUAUGAUCUGUAUGGAAAACAGACAAAUCUGGCAACACAGAGUUCUAUAUAACCACGCACUUUACAUUCCAAUGGUAUGGCUUUGAUAGUAAGUACAUGCCAAAAGGAAUUUUUAUUUAAUUUAAUUUUUAUUUUUUUUUAAAUAAACCAGGCAAAUGGCAGCCCUUAAUAUCUUACUUUAUACCAAGACUGGAGUACAUAGUGUGUGUGUGUGUGUGUGUGUGUGUGUGUGUGUGUGUGUGUGUGUGUGUGUAGAAUUUAUAUGAUUUGCCAUAGCUCUGGAUGAUUUAUUUUCCCAGUCAGAACACUAGAUUAUGUUCUUUAAGUGCAGAAAAUGUAGGAUACUUUUGCAAAUAUAACUCUGUAAAAUUGUGUAUCACGCACGGUUGAAUUGACAGCAAACCCUAGUUUAUUUUUGUAGUACAGAAAUAAAGAAUCUAUGAUCAAA